AUGGCGGGAAAUGAAGAGGAUGAUGAUGUGUACAACAACAGCCAUCGCGCUUUCUUACAGUCCUUUUUGUCCCGCGCUACUCUGACAUUCGAAGAAGCCAGACCAAUCCUUGCAGCCAUUAAGAAUGCUCAAGCACAAGAUGGUCGCGAUAUCCAACCCGCCGACAUAACCGAAGAGGAUGUCUCUACCUACAUCAACGUGACUAAUGCCGCCAUCUCACCCUUCGAUCUCGAGAUUCGUAACACGCUCUCUCAACAUGACCGGACACGCAUUUACGCUCUCGUCAAUGUCUCAUCAGACUCGAUCACUCAACUGGCAACCACGCAUACCCCAGACGAAAUUUCUUGGGUCAAACGCUGCCUUGAUGCAAUGUUCGAGACCAACAAUAGCCACCGCAGCGAAGUCCUCGCCAUCAAGUCGACCGAGGCUUUGAGACUGGCAAAGGCCCCUGCAAAUCAAGAUGUGGAAGCGACACAGGGUGCACAGGCCCAAAGUCUGACCAUGAUGCAGGCUCAGAGAAUGCUGCAAGCCAUGGUCGACGAGGGCUGGUUCGAGCACAGUAAGAAGGACUUCUACACUUUGACUCCACGCGCUUUGAUGGAGCUACGCGGCUGGCUGGUCGAGACAUACAACGAUGACGAAGAUGAGAGGAUCAAGACUUGCUCUGCUUGCAAGAGCCUUAUCACAAUGGGAGAACGAUGCUCCGACCUAGAUUGCUCCGGCCGACUACAUCAUCACUGUAAACGCAUGGCCUUCAGAGCUCAAAACAACAAUGAGCGUUGCCCAGUGUGCAAGAAGGAUUGGGACAAUGCCUUGCCAGUGGGUGAGAAAGCAGCAGUGCAAAACAGAAGAAGCACAAAUGGCGGUGCUUCAAGACGCUCAACUACAGCUCAGACUGACGGCGCAGACGACUCGCAGAAUGAUUCGACCGCUGACGAAGGCUGA